ACAGUCGUUGAAGAAUACUAUACAGUACUGUACUAAGAGACACGAAAAGGUUAUCAACGAUCGUUAUUAAUAGAAACCCCAGAACUGAUCACUUUGGUACCAAAUGUCGUCGCUAGCUGGGGCCAUUUUUCUCAUCUCAGGACUUGUCUGUCUUCACGGCGGAGCGGUCAAGAAACAAGCCCCGUUUGUGUGCUACCGCUGUGACAAAGUCGCCGAUCCAAUAGACUGCACCGUUACAGAGGCUUGUAACGCAGACGAGCAAUGUUUCACCGACAAGUACAUCAGUGAAGAACACAAUGUCUAUUUCACGCUGGGGUGUAAAGCCAAGCGAAUUUGUGAUAUUCUGGCGUCCCUCGGGAAACGUGAAGAUGACGUAGAGGAUAUGACGUACAAAGAAAAAAGAGAGAUCAUACAUCUGUGCACUCAAUGUUGUUCGUCCGGUUACUGUAACAACAAGUUGUGCACCAUUGUCACAACUCCAAAACCAACCAGAAAAUGCCAAGUUUGUUUGAACCCCGAAAUAGAUCCAAAAUCUUGCACACAGAUCAAGAACUGUGAAGAUCAUGAGGAGUGUUUUGCAGAUGUCGUGAUGGAUCAGAACCAUCAAGUCCGUCACAGGAUGGGAUGUCGCAGUAAAGUAAUGUGUGACAUCUUCCUUCAUCACGGUCACGGCAUCUCACACGGCAGACGACAGACGGGUAUUGGUAACGACCCUCACGUCGCUCAGCUCUGUGGAGGGUGCUGCGACACCGACGCCUGCAACAAGGGCGGUUGUUAUACUAUCCCACACUACAACUUGACUCAUCAUGGAUAAGCAAUGGUCAUCUGAUAGCUUUCUUGUAUAUAACAAUAAAUACGGUUUGUGAAUUCUAAUAAA